AUGGCUCCCCUCACGCACCUGCUUACCGCCGCCGGCUUGGCUGGUCUGGCCGCUGCCGUUCCGGCCAAGCUCGGCGCUGGUUCGUCCACGCUGCACCAGGUCCGCAACCCCAACUACGUCUUCAACGGCGCUGUGUCGGUCUACAAGACCUACCUCAAGUUCGGCGUCCCCAUCCCGGCCACCCUGCAGGCCGCCGUCGACCGCACCGGUCUGCUGUCCAAGCGCAGCGAGGGCGUCGCUGUCGCGUCGCCCAUUGACUCGCUGGACGACGCCUACACCAUCCCCGUGAGCAUUGGCACGCCGGCGCAGGUCCUGAACCUCGACCUGGACACGGGCUCGUCCGACCUCUGGGUCUUCAGCAGCGAGACGCCCUCGAGCGAGGUCAACGGCCAGCACCAGUACGACCCGAGCAAGAGCAGCACCUCCAAGCUCAAGUCGGGCUACACCUGGUCCAUCUCGUACGGCGACGGCAGCUCGUCGAGCGGCAACAUUUACACCGACGCCGUCAACAUUGGCGGCGUGACCGUUCCCAACCAGGCCGUCGAGCUCGCCGAGCAGGUGUCGUCGACCUUUUCGUCCGACAGCGCCGUCGACGGCCUGGUCGGUCUGGGCUUUGACAGCCUCAACACGGCCUCGCCCAGCGCCGUCAACACCUUCUUUGACAACGCCGCCAGCCAGCUGGACGCGCCCCUCUUCACGGCCGACCUGAAGCACAACGAGCCCGGCUCGUACGACUUUGGCUUCAUCGACUCGUCGCUCUACACGGGCGACAUCACCUACGUGCCCGUCAACACCAACCCGGGCUACUGGACCUUUACGUCGUCGGGCUACUCCGUCGGCUCGGGCUCGUUCUCGUCGAGCUCCAUCACCGGCAUUGCCGACACCGGCACCACCCUGCUGUACCUGGACCUGGCCAUCGUCAAGGCCUACUACGCCAAGGUCAGCGGCGCCUCCAACAGCAACACCUACGGCGGCUACGUCUUCCCCUGCAGCGCGACCCUGCCCUCGUUCACGUUUGGCGUUGACUCGGCCCGCAUCACCAUCCCCGGCGACUACAUCAACUACGGCCCCGUGUCGUCCGGCUCCAACACGUGCUUCGGCGGUCUGCAGGACAGCUCCAGCAUUGGCAUCAACAUCUUUGGCGACGUCGCCCUGAAGGCUGCUUUUGUCGUCUUCAACGGCGGCAGCUCCCCGACUCUGGGCUGGGCCUCCAAGAACCUGUAA